UUCGCGUCCCUGGAAGGCGGGCGGCGAGCGGCGGCCCCCGCUCCGAGCGGCCGGGGCUGUGGCGCGCGUCCCGAGGGCCCCUCUGCUCAGGCCCGAGCUCGGAGCGCGGCGGGCGGGACGAGGGGAGGAGCGGGGACGUGCCCCCGGGCCCCGCGGGAAUGGCCUCCGGUCGCUCUCGGCUGGCGGCGGCCCCCCUCCCCCCCCGGCCCCGGCCCCGGCCCCGCGCUUCCCCGCACCGCCUCCGCCCCACAACUGGUCGGAGGGCCCCCCAGCGCUGGGCCGGGCCCGCUUCCGAGCGCCCAGAACUUGGGGAGGAAGAAAGAGACCGUCCCCGCAGGCGAGUUUUCCGCAGUUGUGCGCCUGCCCCGGGGACCUCCUGGGCCGAUGCGACCGCCGGGAGGAGACCGCCGUGCGACCCUCCAGAGGGCAGGCCCGUCGGGACCCGCGGGGCCAACUUUGCGGACUGGAGGACGACGGAAGCUGAGCGCGAGUUCACCCAGAGCUCCGGAGGCAGGGCGGGCGCGGGCCCGCUGGGCGGGAGGGGGUGAAAGGGAGCCCCGACUUCCGCGCCGUCCCCCGUCUCCGCGGAGCCCUCGGACCCCGCCCGCCCGGGCCCAGCGGCCGCGCCUCCGGGCGCCGGGCCCUCCCCCGCCGCGGGCAGGCGCGACACCGAGCGGCCGCGCCCGGCCCCGGCCCGGCCCGCACCCUCCUCCCGCUCCGCGCUGGGCACGCCGGCUAAAACCCGGAGCCUCCCGACUGGGACUGCCUUCUCCGCUCGGGCCGGGGCGGGCGCUGCGCUCUCCUUCCACCACCCCAGGCGUCAGGUCUCCAGAGAACAAGUCCCGGGGCCAGACGGCGUCAUGGAGCCCCCGGGGGCGCUGCUGCUAAGUUUGGAGGCGCCGGGACCUGCGCCUUUUGAAGACCCCCCGCCUGCCGAGGAGCCGCCCGCCCCGGGGGUCCUCUGCGCCGAGGGUGGCGGGGACGGCGGCGGCACGUCGGCGGCCCCGAGCUCCGACGCCGAGUCCCCGUGCCCGCAGGAAGAGGCUGCCCCCCGGGAGCCGGAGGAGCCGCUGGAAAGCCGCCGCCGCUGCCGCUGCCGCGCGCGCUCCUGCUCUCUGCCCGCCGACCCGACCCUGCAGGCGGCCAAGUUCCUGCAGCGGCGGCAGCCGCCUGCCCCGGGGCCGGGCGCGGACGGCGGCGAGAGGGCCGAGGACGCGCCGCACGGCCCGGGCUGCUGCGCCAAGUGCAAGAAGCGGGUGCAGUUCGCGGACGCGCUGGGGCUGAGCCUGGCCAGCGUGAAGCACUUCAGCGAGGCCGAGGAGCCGCAGGUGCCGCCCGCCGUGCUCUCCCGCCUGCGCAGCCUCCCGGCGCGCGCCGAGGACCUGGAGCAGCUCCCGGGCCUGCUGGCCGCGGCGGCGGCGGCGGCCGCGCCCCUCCGCGCACCGCCUCCCCGGCUGCGGCCUCUCUUCGAGCUCCCCGGGCCGAGCGCCGCAGCCGAGCGCCUGCGGCGACAGCGCGUGUGCCUGGAGCGCGUGCAGUGCUCGGCACCCUGGGGCGCGGAGGUGACCGGCUCCGGCCGGGUGCUGGGCUGCCCGGGGCCGCGCGUCGUGGCCGUGCGCUACACCUUCACCGAGUGGCGCUCCUUCCUGGACGUGCCGGCCGAGCUGCGGCCCGAGCCAGGGAAGCCGCCGCUGCCAGAGGCGCCGUCGGGGGAGCCGGGGGAGGCCGAGGAGGAGCCGAGCGCCGAGCGCUUUCACUUCGCGCUGUGCCUGCCGCCGGGCCUGCAGCCCAAGGAGGGGGAGAACGCGGACGCUCCGGGCGCCGCCGUCCACUUCGCCGUCCGCUACCGCUGCGCCCAGGGCGAGUACUGGGACAACAACGCGGGGGCCAACUACACGCUGCGCUACGUGCGCCCUGCCGACGCGCGCUGAGCCCGCAGUCCUCGGCAGCGACGCGGGAAGGGGCCGGCGGCGCGCGGAGACCGGGCAGCCGCGACGCUUUGCGGAGCGCCAUCCUCCUGGAGAGAGGGAGCCGCUCCCCGCAAGCUCGCACCCCAGACAGAUCCCGCCAGCGAGCACGGAGCCCUACCCAGCGAAGCGCCCUACCUUCCCGGCCGCUUCCCCGUCGCUUUGGCCUCUGGAGUUCUCGCCGCGCGUCGAAUGGGAAGAAAUCCUCAAGAUUCCGAGCAGUGGCUUUCUCCACGAAAAAGACUCCUGACUCCUGAGCGAGGCUGCAAAACCUUGGGAUUUGUUUUUAACUGUGGACGUUCCCUCGGGUCUCAGGGAGCCGUCGAAGCAUCCCGCCGCCUCGCGCCGAGGGACGGCGUGAACUGCGGGCCCGCGGGAGCCCGCGGCCUGUUUCUCGAGAAAACCAGGUGGGGCCUUGGCCGGGCAGUCCUUUUCUCUUACGUGGGAUCUGGGAAAUGUUGGCUGAGACUCGUGCGCUUGCGUACAAAUGUCCUUUUGAAAAGUAAAGGCCACGUGCACGUCUGUUACUUGGUAUUUCAGCUCCCGGCGGUUUGGGAGACCUUGGCAGCCGGGCCAUCUUCUUCGGCGGAUGAUGCUGCACUUUAAAAUAGUCAAACAACAAUAUUUUCAAAUUUCCCUUCUUCCAUCCCUCCUGUCUGAUGUGGAAAGGCCCAGGUUUCCCAUAAUGGGCUAGAGUGUUCUUAGACGUGUUUUGGAGAAGUCGUUCUUUCCCCGGGCAAAAUAAGAUGCUUGGUGAGUUGAAAUGCCGGAGUAAUCGGCAGGCCUUGGCGGUGAGCUGUCGGAGGCGGUCUUUGGCCUCCAGCCUCCGGCCGCGAUGUGUAGGCAAAGCACAUCGUAGCUGCUAGACUCCUGGGCCAUUAGCAGUCAGAGAAGCCGGUGGCUGGACUCCAAGCCGGGGAGAUGAGGGACGGAAAGGUGGCUUUCUGUCCCUCUUGGAGCCAGAGCAGGGAGUGGUGGCUUGAAUGAUGAAGCAUGCCCAGCAAGAAAAUCCUGCUCUGAAUCCGGUGGGCACCAGCCUGGCUGGCUGGCCUUCUUCAUUCACUGCUGAUGGCUGUGGAUGCCAAGAUCAGGGCUGGCGGGCCUCCUGAGGACUGGAUUUCUUCAUACCUUGGUCCUGCCUUGGUAACUUGUCUUUCUCUGGUUUUCACAUGUUCGAGCACAUGGCUAGUACAAUCAGUUGGAUUUGUGAUGCUGAUCUUUAAGGAGGGAUUGUUUCACUCUUGCUUCCCAAGAACCCGGGAGCAUGUGGCUUGGAGCACUUGGGGAAUUGUGGUCUGUGUCGUGUGUACUGUGUCAGGAGUGCAAGGAACAGCCUUCAGGAGGAAAUGGCAGGCUUUGCCUUCGUGUGACAUGGAACUGACAGACGUGCCUUUUCGGCUCAUGCAGUGGACACGGGUUUAUAGGUUCAAAGAGGGCACCGUGGCAUGUGGUAACUUAACAGGCAGCCCUGGCAAACAGUGAGCUGUUUGCUGUCCAGCUUUGCCCGGUCAGUCCCCGUGAUGCCAGGCCUGGACGGUCUUCAGGAUGGGGGUUGUGUUUUGUACAGUCACAGCGGCAAGAGGCUGGGAGCAGGGCAGAAACCGACAACCUGGGCCCAGGCCAGUGACCCCAGCUGUCCUCCUACAGGGCCAUCCUGGCCUUAUUGUCAAUAAGCGGGCCGGUGCCUGGAAACCCCCGGAAGAGGCUGACCCUGGCUUCUCCUCAGGACUAGUGAUGGACACUUUCCACUAGGUGACCUGCUGUGUUUCCUUGUUCCCCUUUGGACUCCCUCCCCUGAUCGGGGAGAUUUUCAGGACGAAGCCCUAAAUGGUCCUUUAACCCUCCAAGGGCUGGUUGCUAGAGAGCUAACACUAUAACUUUAGGUUCAUUAGGACCUAAACGCCUUUAAAUCUUUUUGGGAGAUGUUGUAUUUGCAUCUUGUAGAGUUUAGUUCUUUGGCUUUGCCCUCUGUGAACAGACACAUUUUGGCAAGGAAAGAAGUGAGUGACAUUUGGGCUGAAUGGAGAUUUUUUGAGAUGGCGAAGAUCAAGGGCUUGCUUUUAAGAUGGGCUAGUGAGGUGUGCGUGGUGGAUCUAUCAGAAGAGUAGAAGUCUAUUUAGGUCAUGAGUUCAGAGCCAGUUCAGCCCGGAAAAUCUUUAGAUACACAAACACCUCUGGUAAAGCAAAGACAUUUUAGAGACACUUACAGACUUAAAGAAAUUAGAGCAGUGUCAUUACUCAUCCCAUUCAUAUUGUUGGCACUGCUCAGGUUCUCUGAAACUUGUUAGCUCAAGUCACUGCCCCAGGAGAACCAACAGCAUCCUAAAGUAUCCCAAAAUGGGAAACUUGGUCUGAAAAUCUGAAUUGAAUAAAGAUUGAAAGCGGGUGGGUUUCGUGAACUAAGCUUGGAACAUUUAAUCUCCAAGUUGAAAAAUUCAUGAGCACAUCCCACAGAAGGCCUUUCUACAAAGAGCUACAUGUGUUCUGUUGAGGAAGCACCCAGUCCAAAAGACAAGAAGUUUAUGGUUAUGGGAAACUCAUGGUCU